AUGUUCUGGCCCGAGUUCUUCCUCCACUCCCUCCCCUCCUUCUUCUAUCGCCAACUCACCCUAACCCCUCCUUACCCCUCCACCGACUGCACCGGCAAGACCCUCCUCGUCACCGGCGCCAACACUGGACUUGGCAAGGAAGCCGCGCGCCACUACGUCCGUCUCAACGCGGAGAAAGUCAUCAUCGCGUGUCGGAGCGUGGAGAAGGGCGAGGCGGCCGUAAGAGAUAUUGAGCAGACGACGGGGAGGAAGGGGGUGUGCGAGGUAUGGCAGUUGGAUCUGGGGAGUUACGAGAAUGUGAAGGAGUUUGCGGGGAGGGUGAAGGGGUUAAGGCGGGUAGACGGGUUUGUGGAGAAUGCGGUAGGUUCCAUGCCAUUGUUAUUGGGGCUACGGAAGAGUGCUAAUGAGGUUCUGCAGGGCAUCAGCACGAGCGAGUAUAAGCUUGUGGAAGGCAACGAGUCGACCAUCACCGUCAACGUCGUCUCGACAUUCCUGCUCGCGCUGCUCGUCAUCCCGAAACUCCAGCAGACAGCGCGCGAGUUCAACAUCGUGCCCACUCUCACCAUCGUCUCUUCCGAAGUCCACUUCUUCACACCCUUCCCCGAGCGCAAAGCCCCCUCCAUCUUCGCUACCGUCAACGAUCAAAAGGAAGCCCGCAUGGCCGACCGCUACAACGUCUCCAAAAUGCUCGAAGUCCUCGCCUGCCGCGAAAUCGCCUCCCUCCACCCCGUCUCCCAACUCAACGUCACGCUCAACUUCGUCAACCCGGGGCUCUGCUACUCGGAGCUGCUGCGCGAAAUGUCUGGCAUCGGGAUCCGGAUCUUUAUGAAGUUGCUCGCGCGCACGACGGAGGUGGGGAGUCGUACGUUGGUGCAUGCGGGGCUGGCGGAGCCGGAGACGCAUGGGAAGUAUUUGAGUGAUUGCCGGAUCACGGAAUGUGCGACGAUCGUUGAGGGCAAGGGAGGUGCGGAGGUGCAGAGGAGGUGGUGGGGAGAGUUGGCGCAGAAGCUGGAGGAGAUCCAGCCGGGGGUGACGAAGGUGUUGGACGCGAAGGCGUAG